CUAAGGAACAGUCUCCGACUGAUCCUCAAGAGAUAGAGGACAUGGCAAAAAUUCCCUAUGCCUCUGCAGUUGGAAGUCUAAUGUAUGCAAUGCUAUGCACUAGACCUGAUAUCUGCUAUGCAGUUGGAAUUAUGAGCAGGUAUCAGUCUAAUCCAGGACAUGAACAUUGGAAUGCAGUUAAGUAUAUUCUGAAAUACUUCAAGAGUACAAGGAAUCUUGUGUUAGUCUACAAGGGUGGUGCUUUAAAUCCCAUAGGCUACACUGAUUCAGAUUUCCAGGCAAGUCUUGAAGACAGGAAAUCUACAUCUGGGAUGGUGUUUACUCUUGGGGGUGGAGCAGUGGUUUGGAGAAGUGCUAAACAAACCGCGAUAUCGGACUCAACUAUGGAAGCUGAAUACAUAGCUGCAGCCGAAGCUGCUAAAGAACUUGUCUGGCUAAGAAAGUUCUUCACCACUAUAGGUGUCAUUCCUGAAAUGGAGAAGCCUCCGGUCUUACUUUGUGAUAACAAUGGAGCAAUAGCAAACAGUAAAGAACCUCGAAGCCACAAGAGAAGCAAACAUAUUGAAAGGAAGUAUCACAUUAUCAGAGAAUACGUGGCAAGAAUCAAGAAUCGCUCUUCAUUCUAA